AUGGAGACCUUCAGUAACCUGUCUCUGUCGGAUGUAACAGAUACCAGCGAGGAUGUGGGCAUAGAUUCGUCGUUGUUGAACCUGUCGCUGAACGGUGGUUCUCAAGCAAACGAUGCGAUGGAGAUGCAACUUAAGCAAAGGUUUAUGCCCUUUGUCCCCGUCAGUCCGUCGCCGCUUCGACACUCUGUCAAUGGGGCCCGUUACAAUGACGGCGAUGCGUUGAUCGACUUGGAUGAGGACUUGAUGGAGGUGGAUGAGGUGGAUGAGGUGGAAACAGUCAGCGACGCAGAACAACCACCCAUAACACCGUUGGCACCAUUACAAGAGAUGAGGGAGAGCAUAUACGCGGCGGAUUUCAAAGCCGACACUAGGGAGCAACUGUCUUCCGACGACGAGGAUGAAAAGCACGCUAAACACGUCCCAGAUUCCACACAAAGUGCCACAACCCCAACAUCGACCAGCAUAGUGCGUAAACUGUUCUCGCCGACGCAGCUUGGCGCGGAGACCGCAGGCGUACUCAACGCCGAUUGCAACCACACUCCGCACAAAGCGAAACACGACGCAGUCGAGGGCCAUAUGAACGCAGCGUCUCGCACUGUACGACACGAGUGGUUGAAGGACAAGCAAGUCAACUUCCACAUCAACAACAAUUACUACUACGGCCCGGCUCGGGCCAGUGGGUACACCGAACACGGGGAUGAGUUCAACCGCUUGGGGGGAAACCCGAAAUGCCACGACGAGGAAGAAGAAGAGACACUGCCGGCACCGUGGUCCCCGGAAUCGGAACCUCACUCCAAACUGUUCUACGACUCGCUGACGUACUUCCAGUGGACUUUCAACACGUUGACAGUAUCCGCUGGGAUCGUGUACAUACUGCGGCUGGUUCGCAAGGACAUGCAUGCCCUAUGGGCGACACACAAGCGUGCAUUACAAGAGGAGAUCGCACUCUGCCAGUUACAAUACGACACGAACCAGUGUGCUACAAACGGUGCUCUACCGGCGAUGGCCGCCAAAUGCCGCGAGUGGGGGGUUUGCUCGCAGAACGACGUGGACAAGUUCUUCCACAUGCGACUGGCACUCUCGCUGAGACUACUGGGCACUCUCAUCAACGAAUUGAUCCAGCCACUCGGAUGGAAACCCAUCCUCGUGAUCGCCCUCGGCAUCCUCCUCUGGGUUUUCUCCUCCAACUUCCUCUUCGGGUUUGCGAGAGCCAAGUACUACUACGGCACACCCGAGAGAACCGAGCACCACGACGACGGUCCACCAGGCGACCCAUCGGGGUCCAUCCUCACCAGGCAGCACCGCCAGUAG